GCAAGCCAAAUCCAUUUUCACUUUCGUACCUGUAAGCAUUGAGUSGCGGAGCAUAUUCAAAUCAAUAUUUAUUUCUUCGCGUGGUCUAAAAUGAAAGUAAGCACGGUUCUAAUUGUCAUCGCAAUCCUUUGCACCCUGUCAUCUUGUCAGCAAAGCACAGAUGCCGAUGAAACUACAACUACCGUCAGCUCAGCUUCCACAACGAGCGCCGAAGAAGCGAACGGACUAACAAAUACAAGUACUGGAUCACAACCAAAUCAAGUUAUAACACCAACAAGUGCACCAACAAGUGCACCAACAACCGCGGGCAGUUCCAGCGAAUCGGACAAAGGUGAAAUAGCAACCAUGAGCUAUAGUCAGUGGAAAGAGGAGACUGAAAAAAGACUAGAUGAAAAAUAUGAUGGGAUCAAAAGAGAGGAUCUUGACAGGGACAUCAAUGAUUUGGCGAGCAGUAUCCAAAGCGCUCUUGCCAAACCUGGUCUAUCUGUGGCCAAACAGGCAGAUCUAAAUUUCGCCCACAAUUUAUUAAUGAAAGGUACUGCCAACAAUGACACGAGUGUUAAAAAAGCUGCCUACGACGAAGCGCUCCAUAUACUGAUCAGCGUCGUGUCUAUGCUGAAUGUGGGCAGUGCCAGUUUGCGCUGAUUUCCUAAUAAUAUAUAAAUACCAUCACUUGUGAUGCCAACAUUUUAUAAUAUAAGAGAUACCUUAAAUUCUAUCAUUAUUUAUAAAAUCCGAUCCAGAUUUGAAACCAUGGCCACUGCAUCUCUAGUUUUUGCGCUAUAGAUAUCAAUCUAUCGAUUUUUUUAGAUUAUUUGUUGUUUGACAAGAAUUUGUAAAGUCUUAAAACUCUAGUAAAUAUACUUGAACGCAGAGAUUUAAUAAA